AUUUUGAGCCGCUGCAGGCAGCUGAACUGGGCGGGCAGAGCCUGCAGCCCGUUGUUGUCUAGCAUGAGGCUCUCCAAACUGGCCAGCUCGCAGAAGCCGGCGGGCAGCGUGCCAAGCUCGGCCCCACUCAGCCAGAGGAUCUUGAGGGCACGCAGGGCACUGAUAUCCUCAGGCAGGCCCCGCAGCCGGUUGCUGGACACGUCCAGCUCCUCCAGGGCCGCCAGCUGCAGCAGCUGCCGGGGGAAGGCAGUGAGCUGGUUGUGAUCCACGUCCAGGGUGCGCAGGCGGGAGAGGCAGGAGAGGGAGUCAGGCAGGUGCGCCAGCCGGUUAAAGCUGACGUCCAGCUCCUCCAGGCGUUUUUCUGGAUCCAGGAGCGAAUCAACUAAGAAAGAGCCUAGCACCCUUUUAAGUCCGACCAGGUCCUUGUUGCUGGAUACCUGUUUAUAUUGUGAACAACCUCUUCUCCAAAGCACCGUGUGAGUCCCGGGAUGUGUAAGGCUGACAGCAGCUGUUACCAGGAAUCAGGCCACCCUGACCUCAUGGUCCCGCGGAUGCUGCCAGGAAGCCCGAAAACUCCAUCCAAAGCUGCUGAGACAGAAUCUUUGGCAGAGCUGAAAGGAAGCUGAAAGGAGCAGUGCCGGGAGUUCCUGCCCAAAAAGGGAUACACAAAAAAGGCCAGUCAUGAAUCACCCCAAAUUGGAAGCAACCAAGAUGUCCUUCAGCAUGUGAAUGGAUAAGCAAACUAUGGUGCAUUCAGGUUAGGCGAUGCUUUCCUUCACUGUCCAGUUUGCAGAGCCGUCCUGGAGCUGGCGCGGGUCCUCCCUCCGUCGUCCUGGCUCUUGGAAAGGAACCAGGCGGGCUGAGGAACUGGCGCGCCCUCGUCCGCCCACAAGUCCUUGGAAAGCGCAGGCCUCGUGCGCUCUCCAGCGCCCUCCCAGGGCGCAAGGGCAGGACAGGUACAUCCCGCGUGCUGCGGUGGCGAUCAGCGCGGACACGGAGCCCGGCUCCACCCGUCCGCCCAGCCUUGGGGUUCUGCCAGAGCGCCGGGCGCAGAGCAAGCGGGCCUGAGCUCCAGCACCUUUGGCAGCUCCCGGACCCGGGGUGCGAACGGCGGCCGUGGCUCACCGCUUCAGGAGGAGGCGGCCAGGACACUAGGAAGAGAAGCCCGGACCAGGGCUAGUUUGUUUCCCCACCUCUUCGGGCCAGCUCAGGUUCUUAAACCCGCCGUGCAACGGACGCAGAGAUGGGGUCUCACUAUGAUGUCCGGGCUGGUCUCAGACUCUUGGCUUCAAGUUAUCCUCUCGCCUCAGCCUCCCAAAGUGCUGGGAUUACAGUUUCGACAUGACAGCUCGCCAGUUUCACAAUGCAUACCUUCCUUAUCAGAGACUGUUGAUGAUGGAGAUGCUCUGGCCAGUCUAUAGAGGAUGCGCAGAGGAUUUUCGGUCCUCUGCUUCACCUUCUGAUGCCAGAAGGCUGAAAACUCCACACUCAGAUUAUGCUAAUGCUGCCAUUUGUGUACAUGUGACCCAUGAAGAGGAAACACUGACGGGAACACACGUGCCAGUGCUACCCUCCAGUGACUGGACUAGAUCCUUGCGCAACUUCAACCCGCGCUAGCUCCGCCCACGACCGGCCACGCCCCGUCUUCUCACCGGCGCGCCUCCCUCUUGUUCGUCCUCCCUCCCCCUGUGGACUGCGGCGCUGGCGUUCUGCGCACGCCGGCUCACUGCGCCUGCGCGGCGUGUGGACGCCACACGCUCCCGGAAGUGGGAGGUGGCCGCUGGAGUUUGUGUGGCCGCCGCCGCGGGAACGCGAGCCCGGUAAUUUUUCAACGGAGAAAGGCGAGGUUUUCGGGCUCUGCAGAGUGAGAGUUAGCAAGGGUCCGGCUCCAGCAACUCUCCUCUGGCGUGACAGCCGGCAUGGAGGAUCCACAGAGUAAAGAGCCUGCCGGCGAGGCCGUGGCUCCCGCGCUGCUGGAGUCGCCGCGGCCGGAGGGCGGGGAGGAGCCGCCGCGUCCCAGUACCGAGGAAACUCAACAGUGUAAAUUUGAUGGCCGGGAGACAAAAGGAUCCAAGUUCAUUACCUCCAGUGCGAGUGACUUCAGUGACCCGGUUUACAAAGAGAUUGCCAUUACGAAUGGCUGUAUUAAUAGAAUGAGUAAGGAAGAACUCAGAGCUAAGCUUUCAGAAUUCAAGCUUGAAACUAGAGGAGUAAAGGAUGUUCUAAAGAAGAGACUGAAAAACUAUUAUAAGAAGCAGAAGCUGAUGCUGAAAGAGAGCAAUUGUGCUGACGGUUAUUAUGACUACAUUUGUAUUAUUGACUUUGAAGCCACUUGUGAAGAAGGAAACCCACCUGAGUUUGUACAUGAAAUAAUUGAAUUUCCGGUUGUUUUACUGAAUACGCAUACUUUAGAAAUAGAAGACACGUUUCAGCAGUAUGUAAGACCAGAGAUUAACACACAGCUGUCUGAUUUCUGCAUCAGUCUAACUGGAAUUACUCAGGAUCAGGUAGACAGAGCUGAUACCUUCCCUCAGGUACUAAAAAAAGUAAUUGACUGGAUGAAAUUGAAGGAAUUAGGAACAAAGUAUAAAUACUCACUUUUAACAGAUGGUUCUUGGGAUAUGAGUAAGUUCUUGAACAUUCAGUGUCAACUCAGCAGGCUCAAAUACCCUCCUUUUGCGAAAAAGUGGAUCAAUAUUCGGAAGUCAUAUGGAAAUUUUUACAAGGUUCCUAGAAGCCAAACCAAACUGACAAUAAUGCUUGAAAAAUUAGGAAUGGAUUAUGAUGGGCGGCCUCACUGUGGUCUUGAUGACUCUAAGAAUAUCGCCCGAAUAGCAGUUCGAAUGCUUCAGGAUGGGUGUGAACUCCGAAUCAACGAGAAAAUGCAUGCAGGACAGCUAAUGAGUGUGUCCUCUUCCUUACCAAUAGAGGGCACUCCACCACCACAAAUGCCACAUUCUAGAAAGUAACAACAGUUUUGUGUGUGGAUCAUUCCAAUUGAAGUUGGUAUGAAGAGGUAGCAGAUGAAUCUCAUUGAAUUAGUCCUAUAGUGCAAACUUGAAGCACCUUAAAACAUUUAAAAUCUUAUUACAGGUGAUAGAGAUAGAUACAUGUAUGUGAACAGAUUUUGUAGGAAGGCAUACUGAAUUCUUUGUCACCAGCACUUUUGAUAUGAGCAGUAUUCGUUACACAGUAACAGUUCCUGCUUAGAACUGAAUUUUAUAAUUUAAGGUGUUCAAGAUAUAUUCUUUUUGGUUUUAAAAUGCAAAAUCUUAUUGGCUGUUCUCUUGAAUGUGAUAUCUUACUGGUGUUUAAAUAUGUAAUGUGUUUCUUUAUUAACAUCACUAGAUGAAACCAUAUCUUAAAAUGCAGAAAUGAUUGGAAGGUAGAUCUUAUCUAGCCUUUGGAUUUCAAGAAUAUCAUAGUCCUUUUGAUUUUCAAAGUUUAUAUGUGAAGUUCACCAUGUAUGUGGUGAAUUUCAUAAGGUACUUGGUAUACAUAUCUGCCUAUGUUUCUUUUCACCUCGUAAUUGGAAGAAUUAUGAUGGAUUAUACGGUUUGGUUAAAAAUCCAGUUACUGAAGGAAUUAAUGAAAACUUAGAAGAAAGUACUGAAAGGAAUAUCAUAAGGGCUGUAGCUCAAACUUCAUAAUACAUCAAUCACUGGGGUCUUUUUGGGUUUGGUUGUUUGAUUCGCCUUCCUUUUUUGACAUAUGUAUGCCUUAAUUCUUAAAUCUGAGGGACCAUGCUUUGAAAUAGACUGAAAAUUAAGGGUCACCACCUAAUUUUUCUUUGUAUUCAGUAUCGUAAGUGAGGUUAAUAAAGUCAAUACUUUCUACCAUAUAUUACGUUUUUGUUAUUAAAAAACUUCAUUGGCCACUAGUGAAGUUAGUCAAUAGAAGACUUGUUUUUCUGAUUUUACAUAGUAAAUGGCUGCUAAGUAGUGAGUAAUUCUUAACUAAUUCUAAAAACUAAAAUGUGCAUUUCGACUUGAUAAGGUAAAACUGUUAUCUAGAGGCUAAACCGAUGUAUUUUCAGAAUUGAAUUUUUCUCCUUGUAGCUUUCAGGGAACAAUUUCAUUGACAUUGCUUGCUUCCUGCCUUUUACCUUUUAAUAAAAAUUGUGAUGCUACUUUAUUCUAAAGAUUUAUAUUUUAUAACCAAAUGAAUUUCCUCAAAGGUUUCCAAACCUAUAUCAUAUAGGGUGAAAAGCAGGAAAGUAGACAUUUUUCUUGGCGUGGGAAUUCUCUACAUAGGGCGGUAGAUUUCUUAAGCCAAUGAAUUUCUGCUUUUGAGCAGUAGUCAUAUAAUCAGUAUCUUAAAGAAUAAUGUGUAAAUAACAGAAGGCAUAUGAGUGUGUGGUGUUCCUAGAUGAACUGUUAACAGAUAAUAGUAAAAUAAGGAAAUCUAAGUGCUUUAAGUUUAUACAGUUAACUCUUAGGAUAAGAGGGAUGUAUGCUGAGAUGUUUGUGCGUCCCAGAUAGCACUGUACGAUAACCUGUAAAGUAUUACUGAAUACUGAAUAGCUGAAACUGCAAUUGGAAAAUCUGAUGAUGACGAGGAAAUAUUACGUUUCCAGUUUUUUUAGCUCUAUCUGCUAAUUUCUUUGCCUAUUUUCACUUUCGCCAAGUACCAACAAGCUCAUGUUGUAUUUCUUUUUAAGAACUUCAACAUUAUAAGCUCUCAGUACCCUGUUUUGUUGUUGUUGUUGUUGUUGUUUGAGACAGAGUUUUUGCUCGUCUGCCAGGAUGGAGUGCAGUGGUACGAUCUUGGCUCACUGCAACCUCCGCCUCCUGGGCUCAGGUGAUCCUCUUGCCUCAGCCUCCUGAGUAGCUUGGAUUACAGGCGCGUGCCACCACACCCGCCUAAUUUUUGUAUUUUUGGUAGAGGAGGGGUUUCACCAUGUUAGUCAGGCUGGUCUUGAACUCCUGACCUCAAGUGAUUUGCCCACCUUGACCUCCUGCAGACGUGAGCCACUGCGCUCAGCCAUAGAUUUUACCGUCUUAACCCAUUUUAAUUCCUCUGUUGAGUCUCUGUCCUCCCCUCCAAUUUGAUUUGGGAUUUUGCUGAUGAGAUGAUACUAAACAUUGAGAGUAGUGCUUUUUACUCUGACUUUUAUUGUGUUGUCUUUGAAAGACAAAUAGUACAACUUUUUACAAGGAAACAAGUAAGAGAUGGAUGUCCACGAAAACAAUAUUAGUAUAUUCUAUUAUUGUUUCUUAUUAAUAGUUACUUAGUAUUUACAAACAAUUUAUUAUUAGCUGUGUUAAUUUUUAUUCUAUGCUUCAUAUGCUCUGACAUUGACAGAGUGGAUUUCUGCUGAUUUUUUUCAAAUCCGCAGUCUUUAUAACCAACUGAAGUAUAUAAUAGAGCAUUACAUUUUAUCUUUAUUUGUGUUCUGUUGGAUCAAGUAUUUAACAUUUGCUCUGAAAAAAAUGUUUUUGUGAUGUGUCUUUGUUGCCUUGAGAUAGAUCCGUUUAUCCUGCCUCCUAGGGAGAAGUUUCUGCCUGGAUUGAAACAAAAAAACACAGGCGUCACAAGCAUGUUACCUAUUAAGAGAGAGAGGGUAUCUCUGAAGACUAAUUAAAAUGGUAAUUUUUAAAAAGAUGUGACCAGUUGACUUUGAGUAUAUCAUCCCAGGUAUUAUCCCCAAAAUGAUAAUGCAAAACAGGAUAAUUUGGAGACCAGGAGAAAAACUGGUAUGAUUACUGGGGAGGGGAAGAAGCACAGAUGGUCAAGAUAAUAAUGCAUGUUUGGCCUCAGCUGUAGGUAGAGUUGCCAAAGAAACUACCUGCCUCACAGAUGAGCACGCACGGGUGCAUUGUCAAAGUCUGAGAAGGAUGUAUUGUACUUUGAAGGAAGACUUUCCAUUUCUAAGCUACCAUGGAGAAGUAUACGCUCCUUGAGACCAGAGACUGUGACUUCUGCAUCUUCGAUUCCAGCGACAUAUGAUAAAAUGUUUUGCACGUAGUUGAAUCCAGCGUUGAUACAUGAAGGACAGCAUUACAUCUUUUUUCUAUUAUACUUAGAAAUUUCCUCUUUCUUCUGCACCACCAACCUGUAUAUCAAGCCUCCUUGCCCCACAAAGCUUCCAAAGCCCGUAAAUUUGUUAAUCUAGAGCAGGGGUCAGCAAACUACCACCCAUGGGCCAAAUCUGGCCUGCUGCCUAUUUUUGUAUGGCUUACAAACUAUGGUUUUUAUAUUCCCUUUUGUUAAUGGCUCAAAAUAAUAUUUUGUAUAAUAUGAAAAUUAUGAAAUUUUAGUUUCUCUAAAUAAAGUUUUGGAAAGAA